AUGAAAAAUUUCUGCAGGAGUUUAUCACACGCCUUACCGGCCAUUUUAACUUGGUCUUUAAUUGUUGGCUGCUCAGCGGCGUUUUUCUAUAUUCUCGUUCCGGCGUUAAUCAUCAAGCUUGGAACGUUUGGUUAUCUUUUUUGUGCGAUAGAUUUUGUUCUCUUUGCUUUUUGUAUUUCAAAUUUGUUUAUGGCGACGACAAUGGAUCCUGGUACUCAUCCAAUCGGUUCGUUUACUUUUCUCAGUUCAUUUUUUAUAUUCAAUUUCGUAUCCCCUCCUUUUUUACUUCCUCAAAAGUACUAA